GUAGAUGAACAGUUGAAAACAUUGCAGGUUAAUUAAUGGAUACACAUUACUUUUAAAUUGAUCAGAAUGAAAUACAAUUGUCGAAGGUUAUAAAAAAUUUUGCAUCUAUAAAGGACUUCACUUCUAUAGUAGACUUCCAGUGCAUUUGGCAUAGAUCAUCCAUCUGAAUCCGACCCAGCGAGACCAUUAUUUGUGCCCAAUCAGAGAUAAAAAACAGUGAUUGUCCAAUUAGGGCUGACCCAAGUUGCUAAACUGGAUCCAAGCAGCACCGAUCCGUGAUCCUUCCACCGCAGAGAGCGGGAGGUGGUCGCUGCUCUGUGAAACCAGCCUGACGCGGUACCCUCCACUCUAAAGGCCAUGAAGCCCAAGCUUUCGCCUGGAGUCCGAGACCCAACCUCCCCGCUUGGAACGGGCGGACCAGCAAGUUAGCAACUUGGAUCCAACAACCUAUUUCAGCCCAACGUCCAAUCACCAUAAAGCCCCCACUUGGGUCACAAGCCUCCGUUACAAGGCUCGGCGAUGAACGAAUGUUGGCAGCUGACUCAUAAUGUGCUAGCAAAGAAUUUCUUUCUUCGAUGUGGGAAGGAAGAUCUUUGCCAAAUGCCGGUCUACCACAAAGUUGCGGACUUCUUACUCAUAGAACCCCUUAAAUUUUCGAAUUUCGUGACCAUCAGGUUGGAGCUGCACCUUCAAGCGUGUACCGGAUGUGCUAUGGCUUUCAUGGGAGUUUACCCAAAUCUAUACAUUUCAUUGCCCCACAAAAUCAUUAAAUUACGAAAGAGCUUCAAGUUGUUCUUCCAGGCGCCGCCCCCAACGUCCUUCGCUUCAUGCAAAUUACGCUCAAUUUUCACGCAUUUCGUUUCUCAACACGAUGCUAUUACCUCCCAUGCUGAAGUUCCUUCCUCCAGUGCAUCUGAUGGUUCCCCCUUCUCAGGGUUAGAAGAUGUAAUGACAGGAUACAUAUUCGGCAAGAGAAAGGCCACUGAAGUUGCUCACGCGGUGUGGAAGAAUGUUGUCCGGAAAGGGGAUUUGGUCAUCGACGCCACUUGUGGGAAUGGAUAUGAUACCCUAGCUAUGCUAAGAUUGAUUGCUGAUGAUACGCGGAGAGGUCGUGUUUAUGCAAUGGACCUUCAGAAAGAUGCUUUAGAAAGUACUUCCUCUUUGCUGGAUUGCUCCGUUAGCGCUGAUGAGAGAGAACUCAUUGAACUUUAUGCUAUGUGUCAUACUAAAAUGGAAGACAUUGUUCCUGCUGGCAAUGCAGUGAGGCUUGUUGCGUUCAAUUUGGGUUACCUUCCAGGAGGUGACAAAAGGAUUAAGACUGAGUCAGAAACAACGUUACUUGCAUUAGAGGCUGCCAAGAGAAUACUUGCACCUGGAGGCCUCAUCAGUGUACUGGCCUAUGUCGGCCACUCUGGUGGAUGGGAGGAGUUUGAGAUAGUCCAGUCUUUUGGAGCAGGAUUACCUAUCGACAAUUGGGUCUGCUGUAAACUCCAAAUGUUGAACCGGCCAUUAGCUCCUGUACUUCUCCUAUUAUCAAAGAAAUGAGAGUAGACAGUUCUUGUGAUACAUAAUUCUGUGGUUAUUUGUUGGAAUCCAACUACUGAACUGAUAUUUUCUAAAUGUGGUGUGGGGAUUUUAAGUUUGUUGUAAAAGUUGAUGCGGCCAUCUCAUACUUUGCCUUUUGGUGCGAUUUUCUCAUCAUAUCUGUGGGUUCAGGCAUUGGUUUGAUAUGAUUUUGAACUUGGAUGAGCUCACCAUCUUUUUAUGGUAGCCUCAGCUCAUUCCAGUCCUCUUAUAACAUAUAUAAUGCCCAUGUCCUGUAAAAAGAUUUUGAGUAUCUUGGAA